GGGGCGGAGCCGGGGCGGGCCGCGGCCGAGCGGAGCGGAGCCGAGCGGAGCGGGACCAUGAUGGCGCAGCGGGCUCUCCCCAACCCCUACGCGGACUAUGACAAGUCCUUGGCCACUAGCUACUUCGACGCGGCCGGGCGGCUGACCCCCGAAUUCUCGCAGCGGCUGAAUAACAAAAUCAGGGAGCUKCUGCAGCAGAUGGAGAGGGGCCUCAAGUCCGCCGACCCGCACGACUGCACCGCAUACACCGGCUGGGCAGGCAUUGCUUUGCUGUAUUUGCACCUGUAUGAUGUGUAUGGAGACCCAGCCUAUCUUCAGGUGGCCCAUGAGUAUGUGAAGAAGAGUCUGAGCUGCCUGACCAGGCGAUCCAUCACCUUCCUGUGUGGUGAUGCCGGGCCCCUGGCAGUGGCUGCUGUCAUCUACCACAAGCUGCAGAACCAGAAGCAGGCAGCAGACUGCAUCACACGUUUGCUCCACCUGCACAAGGCUGACCCACGAGUGCCAGAUGAACUGCUCUAUGGGCGCAUGGGCUAUCUCUCUGCACUGAUAUUUGUGAACCAGCACCUUAAAGAGGAAAAGAUCCCUCAAAGUCACAUUCAGCAGAUCUGCGAAGCAGUUCUAGCCUCAGGAGAGAACCUGGCCAAAAAGAGGAACUUUACAGCAAAGAGCCCACUGAUGUAUGAGUGGUACCAGGAGUACUAUGUAGGAGCGGCCCAUGGUUUGGCUGGGAUUUAYUAUUAUCUCAUGCAGCCUGGCCUUGGAGUGAGCCAAGUAAAGCUGCACAACACAGUCAAACCCAGUGUGGACUAUGUCUGCCAGCUCAAGUUCCCAUCUGGGAAUUACCCUCCAUGCAUCGGUGACACCAGAGACCUGCUCGUCCAUUGGUGCCAUGGAGCACCAGGUGUAAUCUACAUGCUUGUCCAGGCCUACAAGGUCUUUGGGGAGCAGCAGUACCUAAACGAUGCCCUGCAGUGUGCAGAAGUGAUCUGGAAGCACGGGUUACUGAAGAAAGGCUAYGGGCUGUGCCAUGGCACAGCUGGCAAUGCUUACGGCUUCCUGGUGCUGUACAACCUCACCCAGAACAUGAAAUACCUGUAUAGGGCCUGCAAGUUUGCAGAGUGGUGUUUAAGCUAUGGCCAGCAUGGGUGUCGGACUCCAGAUACGCCAUUCUCUCUCUUUGAAGGAAUGGCUGGAACGAUUUACUUUCUUGCUGACCUGCUGGUGCCUACCAAGGCCAAGUUCCCUGCGUUUGAACUCUAAAUCUAAGUCUUGCUUGGCAGUUUCCAGCCUGUAUCGUUCUGCACUUGGAAACACAGUUUGAGGUUGCCUUCUCCUUUUUCCAGACUCAUCGUUGUUCACCUAACUCAAUGUAAAUCCAUCCUCUUGAGGGCAUGCUGAGUUCUGUAACAUUUCUAGUCAUCUCAUUACAUUGUUUWGAUUUAAAAGACAGAAUGCAGAUUUUGCUGGUGUCAUUUAACAACUCAGGGCUGCAGGUGGGAGCAGGGAGACAGUAUUUUGUUUGCUACAGAGUUUUGCUUUUUUCUGUAUCCCAUUUCCCCAGAAGAAGUUUUCUAUUAAAUGUAACCUGGGGUAUUUAACUUCUUUUUGUGCUAACAAAUAGUUGCAGGAAUUUAGCUGCCUUUGGAAAACRGCAGAUGGAAAACUGAAACUAUUGCCCUGCAAAUUGUUUUCAAGUGCUUUCUUUCUGAGCACCCAGAGAGCAGGUGGUUCAGUAUCUGGACACCGCUACAUGAAGCAAAUGUGAUGGACUGGGGAGUCUUCGUAUAUAUUUUUAAUAUCUUACUGCAACUGGCAGAGCUGGAACUGGCAUGCCAAAGGCUUGUCCUGUGUUUGCACCUUUCUGCUCUAAAGGCAAAGGCUGUGUACAGCUCUUUCGUACAUUUGCUCCAGUGGCAGACAAAUAAUCCACUACCAUCUUACAUUAAACUUUGCUAGUCCGUUGGUCAUCUAGUGGCAAACUCCACUCCAAAAGUGAGCUAAGUAUACUUGCUUUUGUGGUCUGUUCUGGUAGCUUUGAGAGUUUAUUUUGCAGUCUUUAUUUAAAUUUGUAUAUUAGGUGGUGCCAGGUGCCCACCAGCAGCAACAAGGGAAAAGAGAUGUAUGCUACUGAGUUCUGUCAAUGUUUAGCCUAUUAGGUUUAUAGAUGUAAUUUACAUGUUUUCUUUUACAGGCUUUCCCAAACAUGGGUUAUUUGAGUCACUUGUUUGUGACUUGCUACUGCUUGUUGUAGUUUGAUUUGCAACCACACAUCUACCCAGCUGGAAAAUCUGCACAAGUUAAUUGGCUUUGAUGUGUCAGGCAGAUCAGGUACUUGGCAGGGGGUAAAUCUGCUUUUCCGUCCUUAGCUGAUGCUGCACCAGUUUGCUGAAAUUUGGGACCUGACUCUGUAAGCCACUUUCUUACCACUAAGCAUGAGCUAACACUGAGCUCAGRGCAGUUUACAGGUGGAGCCACACAGCUUUGUGCAGUUUAAGGGCAGCUCCUCAGCCUGCACCAGUAUGGCCAUAGGUUUUAUCUUCCAAGGGCUGAGCUGCUGAGUGCMUCAGCAAGAGGCAGGGGAACAGCAGCAGGGCAGCACAGCUACACUCCUGGACUGGCAGUGACCACCAAACCUGGCAAGCUCACACUGGCAKCUGCCUGAACUCAGGACAGCUGAGCCCCAGUGGCAUAGCCACACCCUCCAGAACCUCCUGGACAGGCAAAGAGUAGAAACAGGCUGGCUUGUUUCCUCACAGACCAUGCUCCUGCUGCCCUCACAGSUUUCUGAAAGUCCAUCAAAAGACAGCCUGAAAUGCCUCUCCUUGAGACUGGGGAUCCCUGUCAGAAACCUCAGGCUUAUGUGAACUCAGCAGCAGGCAUCCCCUAUCAUUCACAGGACCUARGCAGCACAGGGAAGUGACUGGGAAGUAGAGAGGAGUUGCCUUAUCAAACUUAAGUACUUAAAGUUACUUCCCAUCUUGGCUGAUGUGAUGGCAGUGCAGGCACACUGCUCUGAGCCUGGGUUUCUCUUGGGCACCACUUCUGUAAAGGUUUGUGCAGUUUGGGCCAUGGURGAAUGAGAACAUCAUGUCCCAGAAUUGGUACACUGAUCAGGGGAGCAUCAGGACCAUGUGUACAACUGCUGAGUAAAGCACUGUCUAAUAAAAAUGCUGAAACAACCAAACUUUGGGUUAUUUCUACCCCAUGCUUUCUGACCAGGAUUUGUGUCUGAAGAGAUCAACAUAUACCACAACAGCAGCGCUGGCAGCUUCUGGAGUCUCAGUGGCCUUCCACCCACUCUGAGUGUUAAGAGUAUUUCACAUUUUUCCCUUUUCUCCAGUCCAUCUAGGCCAGUCCUGGGCUUUCCCUUACAGGCUGUGCUGGCCUCCYAGGGCAUCCUUUCGCACUGCUGUCUCCAUCCAAGACUGCACCCUCCCUCGGUGGGUUCCAUUGGAAAUCACAAUCCUGCAGGUUACUAUUAAUUGCACCAAAAUACACCUUAGUGCAGURCUGGCCAGCAAAAGGAAGAGGUGGAUCUUCCCAAAAGAGCACUGUCCUGCUCAGUGGGAGGAGGAACAGUCCACCUCAGGGAGGCUGUGACUGUCCAGCCAGCAGAGGCUGUAGGACCAAACUAUCUGGAGUGGCAUGGAUAAAGGUGAUCCUGCCCUCACCACAAGCAUAUAUUAGGUUGCUUGAGGUCCUGCACAGCCUGGGUUUCCAUAGUAGUUAAGAUUUGCAGUAAAGGUCUUGAGGAGGGGGGUCUAGCAAUGAGGAUGAGAAUGCAGCUUAGUGUAGUUUCUCUGGUUACCCUUCCUUUCUCAUACAGAGGUUUGGUGUGGUGCUGCCCAAUUCCACCCACCUUUGUGCCAAAGGGAGGGAGCAGGACCAAGACAUGGUUUGAAAACUCAUCUGCUGUUUCAACAAGCUGCCUGAGAGGGACACUGUCAGAAGUGUAGAUACUUGACACUUGGUGAUGGUUAUGUUUGUCCAUGGUGGUGGUCAGUUUAAAAAAUAAAAAAUACAUAGARUAUAACCUAUACUCCUAUACUAGAAACAAAUAAAAACCACAUUUUGAAUGCUUUGCCAUCUGGCUGAG